UGGGGAGGCGGGGGGGUCGGAUUUUUUAUUAACCAAGCAUUAUAUACAUUAUCUUUCGCCCCCCACAAGCACAGGAAGCACCUCGGCUGGUUCAUUGCCAUCACUGACGUUGACUUCAAAUAUUACUAGAUACAAAAUAAAUAAUCUUACAAUAUAAAUGCUGUUCUGAGAUGCACAGCAGAUGCAAAUCAGGACUUCAUUAGGGUUUGUUUGAGCUGAUAAUAUCCAACCAUGCCUUAUUUCAACUUCACUCAAGAGAUCGGCAAACCUGACUUGGUUACCGAGGAAAUUCGGGGGAUUGAAUCUGAAGCUAGUUUUUUUCUAAGCACAUCAGCAGCAGAAGGAUUACGCUCAUCAAGAGUCUCUGACAUCACAGGUGAGAGUUCUUCUUCAGAAACUUUCAAAUCAAAUUAUGCAAAGCUUCCUGAUUACCUUAAGUCAUGCCUAGACUACUCUGCCAUUGUUUGUGGGAGAUAUGGUGUAGAGAUAGGAAAAGUAGUUCGGCUUUUGUUGGCUGAAGGUCUUAUAGAAGACAGACCAGGGGAUAUCAUGGAGGAUGUAGCAGCAAAUGUUCUUAAGGAAUUGAUUGACCUAGGAAUGCUUCAAAAAGAAGAAGAAUAUGCCUCAGUAGAAGUCCCUGCCUCGUAUGUCCAGUUAUGUAUUCUUAAAUUGGAGAAACAAGAUUUUGUUUCUAAAACUGCAAACUCACCUGUGCGUUUACGGAUCAGAGAUGAUGGAAGGGAUAUCUAUCCUAACGUUGAAGGCCUUCUAAUUCAAUCUCUAUUUAUUAAUAGUGGAAGCUAUUAUUAUUUUGAUCCUCCCCGAUGCCUAUCACGGGCCUAUAUGAGAAAUGUUUGUGGUAUGCACUUUCUGUUGGUGCUGGAUUUGGAUGGCGGGAUAGAGUGCUUACCUGAUGAAUUGGGAGACUUGAUUCACCUGAGGUACUUACGCUUGUUUAACUCACAUCUAGAUGAGCUUCCAGGGACUUUAGGGAAUCUUAAAAGACUGCAAACUUUGGAUAUAAGGAUGUGUCGACAACUACGCAAACUACCAAUAGAAAUUCUGCAUAUCCAACAGUUGAGACACCUUCUAAUGUCCGACGGCGUUAAUGAUUGUGAAAUUAGAGUUCCGAAGGGCAUUGGAACAUUGGUAAAUCUUCACACUUUGUCUGGUAUUUAUGGUGGAGAUGAUAUUGCCAUAGAAUUGAUUGCCUUAACCCAGCUACGAGAGCUCGGCGUUAAGCGUGUGAAUGACGAUCAUGCCAGUGAGCUGUUUGCAGCUAUAAAGAAGAUGGAGAACCUCACAUCCCUAUCGCUAGAAGCAGAGGAAAACUACUUCGAAUCUACACGUUUCUCUAUUUUUCCUGAAUUGGAUGCGUUUUCUCUGUUGGGGAUUCCGACCGGUGAUGUACUGAUAUUUGCUCAUCGGAGGCUUAGCACACUGACACAAUAUUUAACGUGGUUCGGCAAAACCGCCUACAUCCACGGGAGAGGUUCAUUUUAUUAGAGAUAGAGAAAGGAUACAAUAAAUACAUGUAGAGGAGGAGGAUUACAUCCACUCUACUCAACUCUCUCAACUCUCUUGCUGCACUUGCAGCUGCUGCAAUGGCAGCAAGGCUGCUGCCAUUGCAGCCCCUCUUUCUCUCUUCUUCUCUUCUCUUCACGUUCUCACAACUCUCUCAUUUUGCUCUCACAUAAUGCCUCUAUUUAUAGGCAUUUCAUGGCAGCUCUUCUUGCUUUGUUGUCAACAUUGGUGGCUGCCAAACUCCUCUUCUUCUUCAACAAAGGUGGCUGCCAAUAGUCAAUGGUUGGUGCCAACCAUUUGCUGCACAUGCAAUGGCAACCAACCUAACAAUCACCCCCUUUGCCAUUCAUGUGGGGCAACUGUCCUCUUGCUUCUUCAGCACAGGCUUGCAUCUUGCAGCUCUUCCAAGCUUACCAUUCUGAGAGCGUCUGUGGCCGAGUUUACAGGUACUCGCCAAACCUUUCAAUCAUUAGAGUUACCAAAGCACACCUUUUCUCACACAAAAGGAUCACUACAACCAGAUGGUCUGCCACUUCACAUCUGAAGAGUGUUAACGCUUGUCUCUGGAACACAACGUUCCCCUUCGAGCGUAUCAACCAUGCUCGGUCCGGAAUGAUUCAUCAAGCCUUACAUUAAGGCUUACAACACCCCCUCAAACGAAAAUUUCUAUUUCCAAGUGCGACAGUCAUUAUCUGAGUAUCUCAAUAUGAUCACGAGCUCACCACUCUUCCAAGAGUCUACUCAUCCAGGAGUUGCGCCUGCCCUCUGUUCCACCCUAGGAACCACGCCUUACUUCUCCGUGAGUCUCUCGCUCUUAGUCGUAAUAGUCCAGGUAGCUCUCCACCUUCACCUAUGGGGGCAGCCCAUUAAAGGUUGAUCCAUAUCUGUCUUCAUACUCUGAGUAUUACAAUGCCAUUACCGAGCUCACCACCUUGACAAGAGUCAACUCGUUCCCGGAACCUGCGCAUGCCCUUCUGCUUCUUCAUAGCAGCCGCAUCUUAGUGCUCCACAAGUCACACACUUAUUGUCCAAGGCAAAUGUCUUCUAGCUCAUUGAUCUUUAGCAUGGGGGCAAUAUCCAUGAAAGUCAAUCCUGCAUUUGUCUCCAUACUCAUCAUAGCCACUUCAUUGGCUAUACACCUGUCCACUCAUAUCUAGCCAUCACAUUGGCUCUAGGGCGUUCUGAACUGGGCUUACAUCGUGGCCCACACACCUUCUCCUUAGGUGUCUCCGCUCGUCGUCAUGCGGCGGUCUGAACUGGGGCUUCUAUCACGACCCUCACACACCUUCCAUCUAGGUGUCUUCACCUUUCAUAGGUGGUCGCAUCCUCCUUCAGCUGAGAUGCUUCAAAGUGGCUCCAGAAUUCUCUACCACCAUGUGCACUAUGGGAGAGAUAGCUGCCACUAAUCACAUAGAAAGAGAAACUUGCGGUAUACUCCUCGCAAUCCUCCACCUCGAUUUCUAUGUUUGGAGCUUCUAUGCCUUUCUGCUUGACAGCUCCACCUACACCAACUCUCUCUAGUGUCUUCGCCUUUCGUCAUAGGCGGUCGCCUUUUAUCAUAGGCGUUUGCACCCCCUCAAUUAGGUGCCUCUGCAACAGCUCUCUUUCCAUCCUUGCAUGCAUUGGAAAGGUCUUCGCCUGUUGUCUUCAUCAAGAGCAUAAGAGACUUCCUGUUGUACAAACUUUAACAGUCUCUGCUCUGAGCUUCAUCUAGGAACUCUUCUUCUCCUUGCACCUGUUGUCUCAUUACAGUACCUCGUUGGAUCCUACGGGUACUCCUGCACAAUCUCCGCGUGCCCUCGUGCAAUUUCUGUUCUCCAGAUUUUCCCUUAUUCCUUGCUUAUGUUUGACAGCAGCUCAUCCUGUCACAACACCUGUCGAAAUCAAAAUAGGGUGCCAAUCUUUAUCCCCUUGCUGUAUUCCUCUUCCAUUAUCAGGGUCUUCAUCAAUUCUCCCCUCGAGAAAUCACAGUCACCGAAUCUAACUUCUUUGGAGAAAUCACCACUCCAUCAGAUCCUUGAACCUUCAGAACCCAACUGUUCCCUUGUGCCGUCAUCCUGCUAGUCUUCAACUGUUUCAUUACAAACUGCUAUAUAUACGAAAA